AUGAGAAUGAACGAUUCAAGUAGACUGAAAAAGUUGUACCAGAUAGAGGAAAAAAGAUUUGAGGAGAGGGUAAAGAGAUAUAAAGACAUAGGAUAUAUGAUGGACAUGCAUCAGUUUUACUUGGAGGAUGUCUUACUGAAGAGAGAGGAGAUCCUUUACAAAUACGCCCUAUCGACUCAAAGCACAGAAGAGCUUUGGGAGGAGGAUACUCUGGGAUUCGACUAUGAAUUCAUCCACAAGAGUGUUAGAGACAGGGAGUGGAGAAAGGGAGUCUCAGGAAAUGGAUUAAUAGACGUCCGUGGGAUUUCUGGGCCCAAGUCCCCUUGCAGAGAGGAAAGGGCUGGAAGUUCGUCUUCCAGGGCACAGAAGGCAAAAACGAGGGUGUAUGCAUGCGAGAUAGAGGGGUGCAACAAGAAAUACACGUCUUCCUUCGGCCUCAAGUAUCACAUGAAAGAAGGCCACUCCGAAGAGAAGAUGAACAUAUUCAAGCCCUAUGUUUGUCCAUUUGGCGGAUGCGACAAGAAAUACAAGAACAAUAAUGGCCUCAAAUACCAUAUAAAGCACUACCAUGAUGACCAAGCGGCCUGA